UUCCCCAACAAAGCUUUCGAUAAAUUCACUGAGCUCAUUCACAGCGACAUUCCAAUUCAGUUCCCUUUUGAUUUCUAAAGCUCCCACCCGUUUCCUUCAAUAAUCUGAGUGCACACUUUUCCCCUGGAAAACUUGCACUUAAGCUUCGUUUCUUGGAAAUCGUUUUCUUCCUCUAAAAUAGUUUUUCUUUUCUCUAGCUUUUCAAGGCAAAACCAGUCAACCAGACAAAGCUUGUUUCUUCGUUUGGGCUUUCAUGGAUAUGUGCAUCACCAUUUGAGGGUCACAUUUCUCUGGAUAAAAGACUACAGCGUUUUUUCCCCCUUCAGAAUCGAUUUCUUUUGCACAUAAAAAGUAUUACUUGCUUUGUGUCCUUCUGCUUCUAUUCUUCUUGCUUUUAUUCUUCCCUCUCUCCUUAUCUCUGUACUUUUAAGCCCAGCGAGGCUCUUCUGUUUUCUGGGUUCAUGGAGAUUCUUAAUUUAAUGCAGUAAAACUUUUUGGCCUUUGUGUCGUUUUGAAACUAUCCAUUCUACGAGAUAUGCUCAUUCUGUUCUUGACCUUCGGAAAGGCGUGUUAGCGUGUUAGCGUGUUAUUGGAGGUUUUGGGAUCACUUUUCUUCAUAUUUAUCAGUUUCAGAAAUUACUUGGAAAUGGGUUGGGGGAUAUUUGGUUCAAUCGUAGUUCUGACGUUUUUCUUUGAGCAUUUGGCUUGCCAGCGACCAAAUACUGAUGAUUUCUUUGUGUCUGAGUUCUUGAAGAACAUGAGUGUAUCAUCAUCUUCUUCCCAAGCCUUCAACUUCUCUGCUUCUGUUUGUUCAUGGCCUGGGAUUUCCUGUGAUGCAAAUAAAGAACAUGUGGUUGAGUUGAAAGCUUCUUGUAUGGGACUUUCUGGGCCUAUUCCUGAUAACACCAUUGGCAAGCUCAGCAAGCUUCAGACUUUGGAUCUUAGUAACAACAAAAUCACUGCCUUGCCUUCUGAUUUCUGGAGCUUAGGCUCUCUCAAGAUUCUCAACCUCUCGUUCAAUGAGAUAUCAGGUUCACUUGCGAGCAACUUUGGCAACUUCGGUCUCCUCGAAACCUUUGACUUGUCCAGCAACAAUUUUUCUGGGGAAAUUCCUGAAGCUAUUAGCUCCCUUGUGAGUUUAAGGAUCCUCAAACUUGAUAAAAACAAGUUUGAGCAGAACAUACCUUUUGAGAUUCUACAAAUUCAAUCUCUAGUUUCUAUUGAUCUUUCACAAAAUCAGCUCAAUGGCACUCUUCCUGAAGGUUUUGGAGCUGCUUUUCCUAAACUUGAAAGCUUAAACCUUGCAGGGAAUAAUCUUCAUGGUCAUGAUUCAGAUUUUUCAGGAUUGAAAUCCAUUACUAGUAUCAACAUAUCUGAAAAUUCCUUUCACGGUUCUGUUCUGGGUAUGUUUCAGGAACAGUUGGGUGUCAUUGACCUUAGCAGGAACCAGUUUGAGGGUCAGAUUUCUCAGGUAAAGUUCAAGUACAAUUGGUCUCAUUUGGUUUAUCUGGAUUUGUCUGAGAAUAGGCUUGGUGGGGAAAUUUUCCAGUAUCUGAAUGAAGCCCAAAAUCUUAAACACCUUAAUCUAGCACACAAUAGAUUUGCAAGUCAGAAAUUUCCACAGCUUGAAAACCUCUCGAGAUUGGAAUAUCUGAACUUGUCCAAAGCUAAUCUGCAUGGCUACAUUCCUGCUGAAAUAUCACAGCUGAGCAAUCUGAAUUCACUUGACAUUUCUUUGAAUCAUCUUAUAGGGGGAAUUCCGUUUCUGAGAAGUGAAAACCUCCAAAUUCUUGACCUUUCAUACAACAAUUUGAGUGGAGAAAUCCCUCAACCUUUGUUGCAGAAACUCCCAUCAAUGGAGAAAUAUAACUUCUCUUAUAAUAACUUAACCUUCUGCUUUUUGGGAAUCAACCCCAAUAUCCUGCGAACAGCAUUCUAUGGAUCAUCAGACAAUUGCCCUCUUGCUGCAAAUCCUAAUCUUUUCAAAAGAACAAAUGAGCGCAAGGGGAUGAAGCUAGCUGUGGCAUUGACCCUCUCAAUGAUCUGCUUACUUUCUGGCCUUUUAUUUCUAGCAUUUGGUUGCAGAAGGAAAACAAAGUCAUGGGCAAUUAAGAAAACUUCCUACAAAGAAGAGCAGAACAUUUCGGGCCCCUUCUCGUUCCAGACUGAUUCAACUACCUGGGUAGCUGAUGUCAAGCAAGCAAACUCAGUCCCAGUUGUAAUCUUUGAGAAGCCUUUACUGAACAUUACAUUUGCAGAUCUCCUGUACUCAACUUCAAAUUUUGAUCGCGGUACCCUUUUGGCUGAAGGGAAGUUUGGACCUGUUUACCGAGGCUUUCUGCCCAGUGGCAUUCAAGUGGCAGUUAAAGUAUUGGUUGUUGGGUCCACAUUGACAGAUCAAGAAGCUGCAAAAGAGCUCGAGUAUCUUGGUCGAAUCAAGCAUCCCAAUCUUGUUCCCCUAACUGGAUAUUGCUUUGCUGGGGAUCAAAGGAUUGCCAUAUAUGAUCACAUGGAGAAUGGGAACUUGCAAAACUUUCUUCAUGACUUGCCACUUGGGGCACAGAGGACAGAUGAUUGGAGCACAGACACACUGGAAGGAGAUGACACAAAUGUAAUUCACAAUGCUAGCUCUGAGGGAUUAUCACUCUCAUCUUGGCAAUUUCGACACAAAAUUGCCCUUGGCACUGCUCGAGCAUUGGCAUUUCUUCACCAUGGCUGCUCACCUCCAAUCAUUCACAGAGAUGUUAAGGCUAGCAGUGUCUACUUGGACUACAACUUGGAGCCAAGGUUGUCUGAUUUUGGGCUGGCCAAGACUUUUGGAAGCAGCUUGGAUGAGGAGAUUGAUCGAAGCUCUCCUGGCUACGUUCCACCCGAGUUUUCUCAACCUGAAUAUGGCCUCCCAACACCAAAAUCUGACGUUUACUGUUUUGGGGUCGUUCUCUUUGAGUUAAUUACUGGGAAAAAACCAGUUGGGGAUGAUUAUCCUGAAGAGAAAGAAGGGACUUUGGUAAGUUGGGUAAGAGCAUUGGUAAGAAAGAACCUAGCUGCAAGAGCUAUUGAUCCCAAAAUUAGUGAUAGAGGAAUUGAUGAUCAAAUUGAAGAAGCCCUCAAGAUUGGUUAUCUCUGCACUGCUGAUUUUCCCUCCAAGCGACCUAGCAUGCAGCAGAUACUGGGACUUCUGAAAGAUAUUGAACCUACUGCUUAGUAGUGAAUGGGAAAAAAUCAAAAGGAAUUUAGUCUUUUUCUUUUGGUCUUCACUCCCUUUGAAUUUGCUGCCAUGGGGUUGUUUCAAAUGUUGGUUUCUUUCUUUCCUUUUUAGCUUCCAUGCUCUGUAGUGGAAGAAAGCUUUGAGGAACACACACACCAGAACUUGAUCUUUGAAUCUUUUACAGCUUGUUUUCUUCAUUAUGUAUACUAUUUUUGGUUUUCUUGGAAGAUGAAUGUUCCAUUAACUUAAUCCUUAGAACACAAUUAUUAUCAUUUAACUUUAGAAUUUGUUAUGGCCCAUCAAUAUAAUUCUGGUGGGAACUAUACUCUUUAA